GUUCAUACUGCACUUGAGUAGUGAUAACAGAACAGGGCCGUGCUCUCUCUCUCCCUUGCUCUGAAGUUUAAUUUUUAACUCGUAGGAGAGAGGAGAUAGGAGAAAAUCAGUGCCUGCUGUCAGGGUGCAGCUUGAAGCAUGGCACAAGCAAAGGAGUAAAUCCGAUACUUUCUGGAUGAAGAACUGUACGGACGGUCGAUGAACUCAGACUUCAGGCCAGUAAUGGAGAGUCCUGCCACGGUGAGCCGUGUGUUUCAAAGAAGCUAAAACGAGGAAGAAACUUUCUGACUCUGCCCUGCUGAACUGAUACGCUAGGAAAAAAUCUAUAUCUGGAAAUCGAAACUCAGUAACCAUGAAUGAGGGGGAGGCCGAGAUAGCCGAGGAAAAAGACUGGAAGGAGCUGGAGCCCAACUAUGGCAUCAAAGUCUUCCUCACUGUCCUGUACAGCCUCAUCCUGCUCACAGGCAUCGUGGGUAAUGGAAUCACCAUUCGGGUGACACAGGUGCUGCGGCAGAAUGGCUACCUGCAAAAAUAUGUGACGGACCACAUGGUGAGCCUGGCAUGUUCCGACCUUUUGGUCCUCCUCAUAGGAAUGCCCGUAGAGCUCUACAGUGCCACGUGGUUCCCCUUCACCUCAGCCUCGGGUGACGCUUCCUGCAAGAUCUACAACUUCCUGUUCGAGGCCUGCAGUUACGCCACCAUCUUGAACGUGGCGACGCUCAGCUUUGAACGCUACAUUGCCAUUUGCCACCCGUUCCGCUUCAAGGCCCUGGGCAGAGAGCGAACAACUGGGAGUCUCAUCGCUCUCGCCUGGGUCACGUCCGUGUUCGUAGCCCUCCCGCUGCUGUUCGUCACAGGAAUGGAGGGCUAUGUCCCAGAGCGAGCCAUCAUGCCCGUCCAGAACCUGACGUUCUGCACCAACCUGAGAAACCAGUGGGGAAUGUACAGGGCCAGUAUCUUUGUGGCGUUCAUUGUGUACAUGGUGGUGCUGGUCAGCGUGGGGGUCAUGUGUCGGGCCAUGAUCCUGGUCCUUCAGAAAACCAUGGGGCCCAUAGGAAGAGGGGUCAACGGAGUUGAGGACAAGCCAAAACACGAGAGUGCCAGGGUCAAAGCCGCCAAGAAGCAAACCAUCCUUUUUCUAGGUUUAAUCGUGGGCUCCCUUACCGUGUGCUGGCUGCCCAACCAGGUGCGUCGCCUGAUGACUGCCGCCGUGCCCAAGUCCAGCUGGACCAUGUCCUACUUCCGCAACUAUGUGGUGCUGCACCCUGUGGCCGACACCUUCUUCUACCUUAGUUCCGUGCUCAACCCCUUCCUGUACAACCUCUCUUCCCGCCAGUUCCGACAGGUCUUCGUCCAGGUGCUACGCUGCCGCCUCACCAUCGAGCACGUAAACAAACGGACUCUGAGGAGCUUCGAGGCCAACUCGGCUCGCUCACUGCGGCCCCUGCUAAAGUCACUGCGUCGUGGUGGUGGCAACAGGUCUACUCAGACUCAGAGCAAGGAGUUCAAGAUGCCUACAUUCACUACCUUCCAUAGUCCUAAGGACACUCCCCCUCGCAGCCCUGAGGAGGCCCUCCCCACAACCGAUGAAUCACUUUCAAAUUUAGUCGGAAAGGGAAACAUCCCCGAAGAGACUGAAAUAUAAGUUUAUUAAAAUACACGUAUGACAGUUGUUUUGACUUGUGCUCUAACAUGCUUCUUGACUGAGGUUAUGAAGUAGAAUUGGCGUUGUGAGUCAAUACAGUCUAGAAAGACUUCUAGGUGACUUUGAAAGAUGAACCAAAAGAGAGACACUUAGCUGUGUUCAGUAUUACAGUAUUCAAUUCAUCGGAGAGGGAUACAGGGUGUCAUCCAACUCAGAUUUCAACAAUCUGCCACAAGCUGAUUUGUCAGAGAGGUGCCACUACAGACAUAAUAUGUGAGGAGUCUAACAUACAGUAAUACAUCCAGUCAAAGAACAGUCUGGACAUUUUUACCAAUUUCAUCUCAUACUGUACAUUGUAAUACCUGGAACACUGGAAAAGCUUGAUAUUUGAACAGUGUUAAUUACAGUGAUUUGUUUCCAUUACAUGAGAUGACACUUCUCUUGGCCCUACUGUAACUCAUAUUUUCACAGUCACUUAAGAUGCCACUGAAAACUAAGCUCAACAUUAUUCAUCAUGUGUCUGCAUUGUACAUUGUGUCCAAAGUAUACUUUUCCAUUCAUUUGUAUGGCAUCCACUGACAGAGUUGACCACUUACUAAAUUGGACCCAGUGCAUAUGAUUUGAUCUCAAGACAAAUGUAAUUUAUGUUUCAUCACUACAGUAUCAGCAUCAUUAUUUUAACAUUAAAAAUGGUCACUUCC